GUUAGAAGUCACAUUCGCUCAUCUUGACAUAGCCUGUAUCGAGGACACUACCUCAACAAUGCUGCUCAGACAAGUCGCAUCCGCCAGCAGACUCUCAAGAAGUCUCACUGCAUCAACUUCCACCGCUUCAUCGCAGAGAUUUGCCUCUUCUCUCGUCUUCUUAGAACACAAGGGGGGUAAACUGAAUGACAGUAGUUUGAGUGCAGUCACUGCUGCUCAGGCAAUAGAUAGUAAUGCGUCAGGCAUCGUGAUUGGAUCGAAGAAGGACGUGGAUGGUGUAUUGGAACAGGCCAAGAAGAUCUCUGGCCUCAAGACCAUUUACACAGCGUCUCACGACUCUUUCGAUCACACACUGGCAGAGACCGUUGCCCCUUUCUUGGCCAAAUUCCUCCCUUCCAAAUCCAUCACCCACCUCUUUGCGGCCCAUACAGCCGUUGGCAAGAAUGUUUUCCCAAGAACAGCCGGAAUCUUGGACACCUCAAUGAUCGCCGAUAUCAUCGCUGUGGAGUCUGACGGAAACACAUUCACUCGACCGAUAUACGCCGGGAAUGCCAUCUUGAAGCUAAAGUGCAAUGACGAGAUCAAAGUCGUGACCGUCAGAACUACCGCUUUCGACAAGGCCAAACUGGAAGGAUCUGCUAGUGUCGAGGAAGUUCAGCCACAGACCGAGGAAGCCGCGACCAAGUUCGUCUCAGAGGAACUCACUGUGUCAUCUCGACCAGACUUGUCCUCGGCUCCUCGAGUCGUAUCGGGUGGACGAGCGCUCAAGAGCAAAGAGACAUUUGACGAAGUCAUGGACCCCUUAGCUGAUGCUCUCGGAGCUGCUGUCGGUGCAUCUCGGGCGGCUGUUGAUGCUGGAUACGCCGACAACUCGCUCCAAGUCGGACAGACCGGCAAGGUCGUCGCGCCGGAGCUCUACGUUGCCGUCGGUAUCUCCGGAGCCAUCCAACAUCUCGCUGGAAUGAAAGAAUCAAAGAUGAUCGUCGCCAUCAACAAGGAUCCGGAUGCGCCAAUCUUCCAAGUUGCAGAUGCCGGCCUCGUCGCUGAUCUGUUUACUGCGGUUCCGGAGCUAGUCCAAAAGCUGCCAAAGGCCAAUGCUUAGUGAAUUGAGCCUCGGAUCACGGGUCACUCCCCGUCUGUAUGCAUACGUUCCCGCUGGACACAUUGAGGCCAGUCGGGGACUGAUCGGGAUUGA